AACAGAGAAGAGAUUGUUGAAGUCAUGGCAAGAAUGAAACAGACCGCUCAUAAAUCCACCGGUGGAAAAGCCCCGAGGAAGCAGCUCGUUACUAAAGCCGCCCGUAAGAGCGCUCCAGCCACCGGUGGAGUCAAGAAACCUCAUCGUUACAGAACCGGUACCGUGACUCUGCGAGUGAUCCGCCGUUAUCAGAAGUCCACUGAGCUGCUGAUUCACAAACUGCCUUUCCAGCAUCUGGUGAGAGAAAUCGCUCAGGAUUUCAAGACGGAUCUGCGCUUCCGGAGUUCCGCUGUCAUGAUCCUGCAGGAGUCCAGCGAGGAUUAUUUGGUCGGUCUGUUUGAGGACACCAACUUGUGUGCCAUCCAUGCCAAGAGGGUCACCAUCAUGCCCAAAGACAUUCAGCUGGCACACUGGAGAAAGUGCUUAAAUCCACAGUGACUUCACCCACAUCAACCCCGGAUAAUCUUUUAAGAGUCACUUCAAUCCCAUUGACGGAUCAUUUCCGGUCUGGAAUUGUCAGAAGUUAUUUUUGUUCUUGUGUGUUUAGUGGAUUUUGGAGUUCCACAUAAUCAACACUCACAAGUGUCAUAAAGCGCUAGUCACGGAUAGUUUCUGCUUCAUGUGUUUACCUGCAUUAAAAAUAUCUAGUAAUUAUUUACUGAAUGUCCCGAGAUGUCACAUCAUUAUAGAUGUCUUUUGUUUCUCUCUUUUAUUGCUAAAGCUUAAUAUAAAACCAGUGCUGGAGAGAACAAGCUUUGUGACAACUCGCCCCCCCAAUAACAUUAAAUGCAGUCGGUCACCACAUGUACAAUUAAUUAUAGCUGAUAACAUUUCAACUUCUGCUCCAUGUUGAUCUUAAAAUAAAUCUUGUUAAUACAUCGAAUAUAUUUGAGUGAAAUAAACUGCAUUGAUAAGAUGAGAGCGAGAAUUAAACAGUGACGUGACUUUUGCUCCUCAUUCAGUGGUGUUUCUACUAGGUCCUGUAGGAGAAUGUAAAUAACUUCUCAGGCUGUUUUUCACGACACAUUCGAGUAGGAAUCAAACUCGCUUCAUCAUGUUUGGAAUAUGAUAAUGCGGGAAAGGAGGCACAAAAGCGUUUUGUGUUAUAAUAUUCCGUUAAAAACUCACUAUUCAUCGUUUCUCUCGCUGUGUCGGUGUCUGAGCUACGAGGAGACUCGCGGUGUGUUGAAGGUGUUUCUGGAGAACUUUAUGCGUGAUGACGUCACCUACACUGACACGUCAAGAGAAAGACGUCACUGUCAUAGGACGCGCUGAAACGACAGAGACGAACUCUACGGAUUUAGGGGAUAAACGACUUUAUUCUGGAUAAAUUAAACUUACACAUCUCACAAAAUAGUCGAGGUUUAAACGGUGUUGUUUUUCAUUUUAAAUUAGUAAGCGGAAGAGAGGAAAGAUAGUCUUAUUGUCCGUUUCAAAUACGAGUCAAUGGCCGGGACUUUCAUUUCAAAGCUUUUGAUUGGCUCUCUUUCCGCCCGUCAAUCUAAGAGUUGCCCAAUUAAAUAAUUUAGUGUGUUUGAUCCAUGAAGACACGCAAUCAGAGGACGCGUCGACUCCUUUAUAAAUUAGCAUAGAGGAAUAAAAACUGCAGUCAGAUGAAUCUCAUUGUGCAAGAGAAACUUUGUGCAAGUGUAUUUAAGAGAAUUUGUGGUUUUAAAGGUAAAGGAUGGUCACACAAAAUAUUGAUUUAGCUUCAUGUUUACUUCACUUUGUAUGAAGUCAAUUGAUAAAUAAAAGCGGUUUAUUAGAUUAUUUUUGAAAAUGCCACACUUUACUAAAACUUGUACACAGUUCUGUAUAUUAAACUUUUCAUAAACAGAUUAAAGUGGUUUAGAAACUUUUCAGGAUUAAUAUAAAAACGAACGAUUUAGAUUGUUAGUUAGAUUAAUACAUACACCAAUACAUUGACGCCAUCUUCUGGACAAUAAAGGCUCUACAUGAUACAAUUGUAGAAUAAUGUCAUUCUUAACUAAACGCAUUAUAAAAGCAGAAGGUUUGUGUACAAACUUCCCGACACAAAAUACAAGAAAAAUGAUCCGAACUUUUGCAUGUAAAGGAUAAAAAACAUCUCAAAAUCUCAUGGAA